AUGGGGAUCUCAAUGGAGCAAUGGAGAGUUGCCAUUGGAAUGUUCAAUGGAGGUCGGCAAAAAAAGACAAUCCGUUUAUCAAGAAUCGUUAAAUCUCCAAAACAGAUGGUAUUGAUACUGCAAAUCAUUACGAUACUGCUGGUACGAGGAGGAGUUGAACAAAACCCAGGCCCACAAACUCAACCACAAAAGAAAUCAGAGGUUACCCAAACAAUGUAUGAACUUGGUUGCAAAAUAACUGCCUGUGACCAAAAGACAGAACUAAGAAAACAGGCAGACUUGAUGUGCCUUCUUGGAGAGGAGCAUAUCAGAUUAGCUCAGACCUCGGAAAUCUGGCAUGAACAUUAUAUAUGGUCCUGUGCAUUGUACAAUGCUGCAAAGCGAAGAUUCGAGUUGUUACACAGUAAGCAGUAUACUGACAUGGACACCUCACUGGAACAUGACUUAGAAAGCACUGACAGGCAGCUUCAGCUUAUAGAAAACAGCUUUUUAGAAAAGCUGUCAAAAAAUUGUGAAGUGCCCACAAAAGAUUCAACUCAAAAGUACAGAGAAAUACUGAAAGAGAUAAGGGACUAUUCCAACACCACUGUGAAUACCAUCAUAAAGGAAGACAUGACAGUUGAUGAGGUAACAACAGAGAUGAAAGAAGAAGAUGAAGACAACACUAUAAAACACAGUAAAGAUCUGUAUGGUGGACUCACAAAACAGCUUUUAGAUUUUUAUAAAUCUAUGAUUGAAGAUUGCAUUUCUGUUUUAGGGGAGCCCGAUUGUAAAUUUGCAUUUUUAGCACUUGGUUCCCUGUCUCGUCAAGAGGUCACAGCAUACUCUGACAUAGAGUGGGCAAUAUUGUAUGAUUCUUUAGGUAAACCAGUAGAAAAUGUCAAAAUGCAAUUGCGUAUGAUAGCCUAUUACAUGCACUUAAAGGUUUUAAACUUGGGGGAAACACUGUUAAACUGCUUAGACAUACCAGUUCUGACAGAUUAUAACAAUCACCUUCCACAUGACAUGACAGACAAUGACUUUUGGGAUAAAGUGACCACCAGAGGGGUUUCUUUUGAUGGAACACAGCCAUGGGCUAGUAAGACAGCUAUUGGUAGGAAAUCUAAAAAGGACCUUACCACUAGCAAACCUGCAAGACUUGAACUGAUCAUGACUGUUGAAGAGAUGAGUAAAUUUCAGUAUAAGGAUGAAUCACUUAAGGAGGGAUACCACCUUAGUGAUGUUCUAAUGUCAUCAACCCUCAUAAUUGGAGAUCAACAUCUUUGGAAGGAGUACAAUGACAAAGUCCAUGCAAUACUAGCAUCAUCCUCAACAGAAAAUCCAAAAAUCACUGUUGGGAAGGAACGAGCAAUGAAGACAUUGAGAGAAGAUUUGGAAAAAUACAAUGAGAACCCAUUGACAUCAAAAUCAUUCUCAAAGAAAAUACAUACCAAGCAUGAUGUUUACAGAUUUGCUACAAUAUCUAUAAACAUUUUGAAACUAAUGCAUGGCUGUUCAUCAUCUGCCCCUCUAGAUGUCUUAGAGGAAUUGCAGGAGAAAGGAAUUUUGACCUUAAGGGCCAAGAAGGAUCUCCAGAUGAUGGUUAGUACUGUCAUCAAUCUUAGACAUAUGGUCUAUGGUAAUUAUAAGCAACAAAAGGAGCUCAUAUCAUUCUUACACAGUUCCAAUGAUGAUGAAACACAAGAGGUCAUACCAGUCAGAAGUUUUACAGCCAUUUUCCGCUUUUACAACAUUUUCAACCCUUGGUGUAAAUUCCUCAAUUCAAACGUUGAUAACAAGAAUCCAUGGGUAUAUGAGAACAAAUACUUUGAAGAAAAUAAUAAAGUGAAAGGAGAGUUAUACAAGAACACAUUUUUCUUUGAGAGGGCACUAUUUGUAUAUAAAGCAGAAUUGAAAACACUUAAGAACAUUGAAUAUGGAGGUCAAGAGAAGGACAUCAGUUCCAUCCUUACAGAAAUAGGUGAUCUAUAUAAGGCCCAAGGCAAAUAUGCCAUUGCACUUCAAUAUCUUGAGGAGAGUCUUGAAAUAUGUAGAGAUCUAGAUGAUAAAGAGAUGAUUUCUGCACUUCUAAGUAAAAUAGGGUAUGUAUAUAAUUGCAGAGGAGAAGAGACUCAACAACUGAAAUACCAUCAUAAGAGUCUGGCAAUGAAAACACUGAUCCACCAACAAAGUUCCCACCCAAAUUUUUCUGCUACUCUUAACAACAUUGCCAGUACAUAUGACAUUAGUAAGGAUCGCACUAAAAUAUUAACACUAUAUCAGAAGAGUCUAGAAAUUGAAAAACUGAUCCAUCAAGACAGGCCCCAUGAAGAUCUUGCCCAUUCAAUGAACAAUCUUGGUCUUGAAAUAGCAGAUUGCACUAAAGCACUGGAGUAUCUUCAUGAGAGCCUGGCAAUGUAUAAAAAAAUCUAUCAAGAUAGUCCCCACCCACAUGUUGCUAAUUCACUACGCAACAUUGGCAGUGUUUAUAAUAAUAUGGGAGAUCACACUAAAGCACUGAAACAUCAUCAGGAGAGUCUGGCAAUGUACAGGCUGAUCCAUCAAAACAGUCCUCAUCCAGAUGUUGCUAAUUCACUUCACAACAUUGGCAAUGUAUAUGAUAACAUGGGAGAUCACACUAAAGCACUGAAACAUCAUCAGGAGAGUCUGGCAAUGUACAGGCUGAUCCAUCAAAACAGUCCCCACACAGAUGUUGCUAAUUCACUUCACAACAUUGGCAAUGUAUAUGAUAACAUGGGAGAUCACACUAAAGCACUGAAACAUCAUCAGGAGAGUCUGGAAAUGGAAAGACUGAUCCAUCAAGACAGUCCCCACACAGAUGUUGCUAAUUCACUUCACAGAAUUGGCAAUGUGUAUUACAACAUGGGAGACAACACUAAAGCACUGAAAUAUCAUCAGGAGAGUCUGGAAAUGAGAAGACUAAUCCAUCAAGACAGUCCCCACCCAGAUGUUGCUACUUUACUUCACAACAUUGGCAAUGAUUAUUAUAACAUGGGAGACAACACUGAAGCACUGAAAUAUCAUCAGGAGAGUUUGGCAAUGAGUAAACUAAUCCAUCAAGACAGUCCACACACAGAUAUUGCUACUUCACUUCACAGCAUUGGGCUUGUAUAUCAUAACAUGGGAGAUCACACUGAAGCACUGAAAUAUCAUCAGGAGAGUCUGAAAAUGAGAAGAAUGAUCCAUCAAGACAGUCCCCAUUCAGAUGUCGCUACUUCACUUAAUGAAAUUGGCAAUGUGUAUUACAACAUGGGAGAUCACACUGAAGCGCUGAUACAUCACCAGGAGAGUCUGAAAAUGAGAAGACUAAUCCAUCAAGACAGUCCCCAUAGAGAUGUUGCUAUUUCACUUCACAGCAUUGGCAAUGUAUAUAAUAACAUGGGAGAUCACACUGAAGCACUGAAACAUCAUCAUGGGAGCCUGGAAAUGUUAAGACUAAUCCAUCAAGACAGUCCCCAUACAGAUGUUGCUAAUUCACUUGACAAUAUUGGCAAUGUGUAUGCUAACAUAGGAGAUCAUGCUGAAGCACUGAAACAUUAUCAGGAGAGUCUGAAAAUGAGAAGACUAAUCCAUCAAGACAGUCCCCAUAGAGAUGUUGCUAUUUCACUUCACAGCAUUGGCAAUGUAUAUAAUAACAUGGGAGAUCACACUGAAGCACUGAAACAUCAUCAUGGGAGCCUGGAAAUGUUAAGACUAAUCCAUCAAGACAGUCCCCAUACAGAUGUUGCUAAUUCACUUGACAAUAUUGGCAAUGUGUAUGCUAACAUAGGAGAUCAUGCUGAAGCACUGAAACAUUAUCAGGAGAGUCUGAAAAUGAGAAGACUAAUCCAUCAAGACAGUCCCCAUAGAGAUGUUGCUAUUUCACUUCACAGCAUUGGCAAUGUAUAUAAUAACAUGGGAGAUCACACUGAAGCACUGAAACAUCAUCAUGGGAGCCUGGAAAUGUUAAGACUAAUCCAUCAAGACAGUCCCCACACAGAUGUUGCUAAUUCACUUCACAGAAUUGGCAAUGUGUAUUACAACAUGGGAGACAACACUAAAGCACUGAAAUAUCAUCAGGAGAGUCUGGAAAUGAGAAGACUAAUCCAUCAAGACAGUCCCCACCCAGAUGUUGCUACUUUACUUCACAACAUUGGCAAUGAUUAUUAUAACAUGGGAGACAACACUGAAGCACUGAAAUAUCAUCAGGAGAGUUUGGCAAUGGAAAGACUGAUCCAUCAAGACAGUCCACACACAGAUAUUGCUACUUCACUUCACAGCAUUGGGCUUGUAUAUCAUAACAUGGGAGAUCACACUGAAGCACUGAAAUAUCAUCAGGAGAGUCUGAAAAUGAGAAGAAUGAUCCAUCAAGACAGUCCCCAUUCAGAUGUCGCUACUUCACUUAAUGAAAUUGGCAAUGUGUAUUACAACAUGGGAGAUCACACUGAAGCGCUGAUACAUCACCAGGAGAGUCUGAAAAUGAGAAGACUAAUCCAUCAAGACAGUCCCCAUAGAGAUGUUGCUAUUUCACUUCACAGCAUUGGCAAUGUAUAUAAUAACAUGGGAGAUCACACUGAAGCACUGAAACAUCAUCAUGGGAGCCUGGAAAUGUUAAGACUAAUCCAUCAAGACAGUCCCCAUACAGAUGUUGCUAAUUCACUUGACAAUAUUGGCAAUGUGUAUGCUAACAUAGGAGAUCAUGCUGAAGCACUGAAACAUUAUCAGGAGAGUCUGAAAAUGAGAAGACUAAUCCAUCAAGACAGUCCCCAUAGAGAUGUUGCUAUUUCACUUCACAGCAUUGGCAAUGUAUAUAAUAACAUGGGAGAUCACACUGAAGCACUGAAACAUCAUCAUGGGAGCCUGGAAAUGUUAAGACUAAUCCAUCAAGACAGUCCCCAUACAGAUGUUGCUAAUUCACUUGACAAUAUUGGCAAUGUGUAUGCUAACAUAGGAGAUCAUGCUGAAGCACUGAAACAUUAUCAGGAGAGUCUGAAAAUGAGAAGACUAAUCCAUCAAGACAGUCCCCAUAGAGAUGUUGCUAUUUCACUUCACAGCAUUGGCAAUGUAUAUAAUAACAUGGGAGAUCACACUGAAGCACUGAAACAUCAUCAUGGGAGCCUGGAAAUGUUAAGACUAAUCCAUCAAGACAGUCCCCAUACAGAUGUUGCUAAUUCACUUGACAAUAUUGGCAAUGUGUAUUACGACAUGGGAAAUCACAGUGAAGCCCUGAAAUAUCAUGAGGAGGGUCUAGAAAUGAGAAGACUGAUCCAUCAAGACAGUCCCCAUUCAGAUGUCGCUAUUUCACUUCACAAUAUUGGCAAUGUGUAUGCUAACAUAGGAGAUCAUGCUGAAGCACUGAAACAUUAUCAGGAGAGCCUGGCAAUGUAUAGACUGAUCCAUCAAGACAGUCCCCAGACAGAUGUUGCUAUUUCACUUCACAGCAUUGGCAAAGUAUAUGAUAGUUUUGGAGAUCACACUAAAGCGGUGAAAUAUCAUCAGGAGAGUUUGGCAAUGUAUAGACUGAUCCAUCAAGACAGUCCCCAUCCAAAUUUUGCUGCUUUAUUUCACCACAUUGGCAAUGUAUAUGAUAACAUGGGAGAUCACGAUGAAGCACUGAAAUAUCAUCAGGAGGGUCUGGAAAUGAGAAGACUCAUCCAUCAAGACAGUCCCCACCCAGAUGUUACUAAUUCCCUAAACAGCAUUGGCAAUGUGUAUUUCAAUAUGGGUGAUAACACCGAAGCACUGAAAUAUCAUCAGGAGAGUCUGGUGAUGUUAAGACUGAUCCAUAAAGACAGUCCCCAUACAAAUGUUGCUAAUUCACUUAACAACAUUGGCAAUGCGUAUCUUAUCAUGGGAGAUAACACUCAAGCACUAGAAUAUCAAAAGGAGAGUCUGGCAAUGUUAAGACGGAUCCAUCAAGACAAUCCUCAUCCUGAUAUCACUUGCUUAUUAAGAAACAUUGGAAUAAUUAAUCAAGAAAUUGGGAACCACACAGAAGCUUUGUCUUAUUUCAUGCAAAGUCUUGACAUGGCCCACCAGUAUGGAGGAGAUUCCCAUGCUGAUUACACAGGAGCAUUAGAACUGAUUGAACAGUGUGGCCAAACUGCAAACCAAUCUGAUGAUUCAGGAAAUCUUGGCAUUAACCAUGAGUAUGGAGAGGAUUCAAAUUCUGGUUACAGAAGUAUAUUAGAACUCAUUGAUCAGAGUGACCAUUUUGACAAUAGAAGGUGUUGUUCUUGCACAAUUUCAUAA